CUUGAGCUCUCCCACAAUACACGAUUGUCCGCCCCAAUAUCGCUAUAUUGACGGGACACAACAAUUGUAGCAUGCAGCGCUCAGCGCUGCAUUGAAUCGUUGCUUGCACGCGCGUCGCCAGUCUGCAGCGGCCGCGAAAGGCACCAUUCACGUUCAGGAGUCACUACCCGUUAAUUCCACCAGCAAAGCCAGCUUCACGCCGCCCUUGAACACAACUCAUCCCACGAUUGCCACGCCUGAUCUCGCAAGCAGCCAUGGCGUCGAAGCGCAAGGCGUCCGCGAUGAACGCGGCUUCUGUCGAGGAGCCCGUCGACCCCUCCGAUGAGCUCAUGUUCCUGUGCCUCGGCGGCGGCAACGAAGUCGGCAGGUCUUGCCAUAUCAUACAGUACAAGGGGAAGACGGUCAUGCUCGACGCCGGCCAACAUCCCGCGUAUGACGGUCUCGCCGCGCUGCCCUUCUACGACGACUUCGAUCUUAGUACAGUCGACGUGCUCCUAAUUAGCCAUUUCCAUGUCGACCAUGCGGCGUCAUUACCAUACGUUCUCGCAAAGACAAACUUCAAGGGCCGCGUCUUCAUGACGCACCCGACAAAGGCCAUCUACAAGUGGCUCAUCCAAGACAGCGUCCGCGUGGGCAACACGUCGUCGAACCCAACGACGCAGCCCGUGUACACGGAACAGGACCACCUCAACACGUUUCCCCAGAUCGAGGCCAUCGACUACCACACGACACACACCAUCUCCUCCAUCCGAAUCACCCCCUACCCCGCCGGCCAUGUCCUCGGCGCGGCCAUGUUCCUCAUUGAGAUUGCUGGUCUCAGGAUCUUCUUCACCGGCGACUAUUCGCGCGAGCAGGAUAGGCAUCUCGUCUCCGCCGAGGUGCCCAAGGGCGUCAAGAUCGACGUCCUCAUCACCGAGUCGACGUACGGCAUCGCGUCGCACGUCCCUCGCCUGGAGCGCGAGCAGGCCCUCAUGAAGACCAUCACCAGCAUACUCAACCGCGGCGGUCGCGCUCUUCUUCCCGUCUUCGCCCUCGGCCGCGCGCAGGAGCUACUCCUCAUCCUCGACGAGUACUGGGGAAAACACCCGGAGUUUCAAAAGUACCCCAUUUACUACGCUAGUAACCUGGCCCGCAAGUGCAUGGUCGUGUACCAGACGUAUGUCGGCGCCAUGAACGAUAACAUCAAGCGCCUCUUCCGCGAGCGCAUGGCCGAGGCCGAGGCCGCGGGCGACAGCGCCGGCAAGGGCGGACCUUGGGACUUCAAAUACAUCCGCUCGCUCAAGAACCUCGACCGCUUCGACGAUGUGGGCGGCUGCGUCAUGCUUGCCAGCCCCGGUAUGCUGCAGAGCGGCGUCAGCAGAGAGCUCUUCGAGCGCUGGGCACCGAGCGAGAAGAACGGCGUCAUCAUCACGGGCUACAGCGUCGAGGGCACCAUGGCGAGGCAGAUCAUGCAGGAGCCCGAUCAGAUCCAGGCCGUCAUGUCGCGCAGCAUCGCCGGCGCACGCAGGGCCCCUGGAGGUGACUCGGAGAAGGUGCUCAUUCCUCGCCGCUGCAGCGUCGCCGAGUAUUCGUUUGCCGCGCACGUUGACGGCGUCGAGAAUCGCGAGUUCAUCGAAGAGGUUGCGGCGCCAGUAGUGAUCCUCGUCCACGGCGAGCAGCACAACAUGAUGCGGCUCAAGUCCAAGCUCCUCUCCCUCAACGCCAGCAAGACGGCAAAGGUCAAGGUCUACUCGCCGCGCAACUGCGAGGAGCUGCGCAUCCCCUUCAAGGGCGACAAGACGGCCAAGGUCGUCGGCAAGCUGGCCUCGAUCCCGCCACCGUCGCUCCUUUACGGCUCCGGACCCGACGACGCAGGGACCGCCGUCGUCGCCGCUGCCCCCGCCGACGCGCCGCUCGUCACCGGCGUGCUCGUCCAAAACGACUUCAAGCUCUCCCUCAUGGCGCCCGAAGACCUGCGCGAGUACGCCGGCCUCACCACCACCACCAUCAUGUGCAAGCAGCGCCUGCGCCUCAGCGCUGCCGGCAUCGACCUCAUCCGCUGGGCGCUCGAGGGCACAUUUGGCGCCAUCGAGGAGCUGCCCGAAAUGCGUGGCGCCAAGGCCCUUGUUGCCGCGAAGGAGGGGACCGGCGGCGACGACGGCGACGGCAAAGCAGAGGACGACGAGAUGAAGCAAGAGGCCGCGGACGAGGAGGUUGGUGGCACGCUCGUGGCCGCGUACCUCGUCAUGGGCUGCAUCACCGUCAGAUACCGCACAAACGGUGAGGUCGAGCUCGAGUGGGAGGGCAACAUGCUCAACGAUAGCAUCGCCGACUCUGUCAUGGCCGUGCUCUUUUCCGUCGAGAGCUCCCCCGCCGCUGUGAAGCGCUCCGCCGCAAACGGCAAGCACUCGCACUCGCACGGCGACGACAAGGCCGACAGCAGCAGCCCCGACGGCCCGCCCUACGGCCGCAACCCGCACGCCAACUGCACCCCCGCAGAGCGCCUCGAGCGCCUCUUCUGGUUCCUCGAGGCGCAGUUUGGCGCCGACAAUGUCGCCCCCGUCGAGAACCCUAAGCUGCCACCCGCGCCCGCGCCCGCACCGGUGGCCAAAAUCGAGGACCCCUCGUCUGCGCCGGCAGACGCCACCAUGAAGGAGGAGGAAGUAGCAGAAGAGAAGGAUGGCGAGAGCGGCGGCGGCGAGGACACGGCGAAAAAGGAGGAAGAGAGCAACGGUGUCAAGGAUGAGGCCGAGACGCAGACGAAAAGGGAGGAGCAGGGGCAAGAGGCGGAGGGCAAGGACAAUGCCGACCCCGACGCCAUGGACGAGGACACCAACGCCGACUCGGAGCUGGAGCAGCGGCGCAGCAGGGAGAUCCAGCGGCUGCACAAGCUGGGCAUUCCCGUGCCGGGCGUGCGCAUCAAGGUGGACAAGAUGGAGGCCACCGUCUGGCUCGAGGAUCUCGAGGUCGAGUGCAACAACAAGGUGUUCGCCGACCGCGUUAGGGCAGUUAUGGAGCGUGCGGUCGAGGUCACGGCUCCGCUCUGGGCGUAGGCCUCCUCGGCGUUGGUCAUGCUACGCACCAUACGUACGGAUUUUUUGCAGGUCACUUAACAGGGCCCACGGAGCGAAUCAAGGCGCAGUUUGGACCAAGACAAGAGUCUAGGGAUGCAUUGCUUGUAUGAUAUGAUACAAAGGGGCUAGCUAGCUAGGGCUAGGUCUACACGAUAAGAAAAGAAACAAUGCAGCACGGCA